AUGCUAAAGGUUCAAGAAACUGGGAAUGCACGCAUUCAUUAUCAAUUUGUAGCGAACUACUCCACACUGCUGUUGUUGGAUGUUGUAUCUCUGAUGGCUGGAGAGUCAACGGGUGGACCGAUGGGUUCGGCAUCUUCUGGAUACUACACCACUCCAGCGUCCUACUACACAACCAAGGCUCCUGAGUACUACACAAUGAAGAAGGCCAAACACAGAACCGACGAGCAAGAGGAAGACUAUGGACCACCGCAAGAAGAGGAUGAGGUGGAAGAAAUAGUGAUAGACGACCACGAAGAUCAGGAUCGUCUGCAAGGAUUCUUUAAGCGGCCAUGGCGCCCAGCAAAUCGAAGGCCAGAGAGUUUGGCAGGGCAGCAAGCGGCCAGGUCGCCAGCCGUACCCAGCUCACCGAGGCCGGGUUCAUCAAAGGAGCGUACCCCAGAGCCCCGUAGUCUAAGGUCGAAUGGUAGUAAAGAACCUGUACCGUUGGUAGUGCCACAAGAGGUCACCGAAGCUCUUUCCAGCUGGUUGACGAAAGGAGUACCAACUGACGAAUCUAAAGCAAUUUCAAAGAGGAUUCCGCUUGAUUUUGUGGACAAAGAAUUUUCGUUAAGACCACCCAAACUCGACGGCUACAUGUAUAGACGGUCAAAGGAUAAAGGGAAGUUAACAGCAGUCAAUGCGGCGGAGGAGUCGCUGGUCACGACGCAACUCAAGAUCAUGGAUAUUGGCCCGCCACUUAUAGACCUCUAUACCCGCAUUCUUUCCCUCAGUGAUGGAGAAUCGGAAAGAAAAGCCCAGGAUUUGGUAAAGGAUGCACUACAGCAGUGGUCUCGCGCCUAUCACCACGUUACCCGGCAGAGAAGGCGAUCGGUGGUUGCCUUAGUGGAACCCGGUUUUGACUUUCUUGCAGCUGACCCGGAAGCGUUUGCACCCGGAAAGGAGGCUCGAGAGCUUCUUUUUACGGGAAAGUUCCUGGAGUCGAUGCUUAAAGAAGCAUCGCAGGACGCAACAUUGGCUAAAAUCUCAAAGACCAAGACAAGUUUCAGGUCCAGAGGAAAUGGGUCAAUGGACCAUUCUCAAUCAGCAUUGAAGCACCCUUUCGUUUUGCGCCCGAGGAAGACGAGGGAGCAGCCACCGCAACGAGUUGGAGGGGAAAGAGGACGACCGACUGGGGCUAGUUCCUGGUUACGGGGAGGCCAAAGGUACGUUUUUAAUCCCCAAUCUAUUAUUUGUUCUAAACGUCGGGCGGAAGAGCAAGUGGGUGCUAGGUUGAUAGCUUUUGCGGAUCGUUGGACGGUGGUAACGGACGAUCAAUGGAUCCUCGAUAGUUUAUCGCAUGGCGUUAAACUCGAUUUCAGCAUUUCACCUACUCAUCGCACAAUUCCUGUCCCUGUUGUAAUGCCCAAAGAGAUGGAGACAGUUUGUGACAGAGAAGUGAGGGAUCUUGUCAGAAAGCGGGCUAUUAGAGAAAUAACUGACGGGUCUGAAGGGUUCGUUUGUUCUUUAUUUGUGAUUCCCAAAAAAUCGGGUGGGUUUAGGCCUAUCAUUAAUCUGAAGCCCUUAAAUCAAUUUAUUCGGUACGAACACUUCAAGAUGGAAAAUCUAGAAUCGGCUCGUUUUCUUUUACGAAAAGGGGAUUGGAUGGUUAAACUAGAUUUAAAAGACGCCUACCUGACGGUGCCGGUUUGUGCUGCCCACCAAAAGUUUUUGCGGUUCCAGUGGAAGGGGCGUUUAUUCCAAUUUGCCUGUCUGGCCUUUGGUCUGGCUUCCGCGCCAAGGAUUUUUACAAAAAUUCUCAACGUUGUCAUGGGUUUUUUGAGAAAAAAGGCCGUAAGACUGAUAAUCUAUUUGGAUGACAUCUUAAUUUUGAAUGUGUCUGAAGAAAGCACAUUAGGGGAUCUUAACGUAACCAUCCAGUUGCUAAAACAUCUGGGUUUUUUAAUAAAUUUGGAAAAAUCCGUGUUGGUCCCUACGCAAGUCCUAGAAUAUCUGGGGCUAGUAAUCGACUCGGUUCGAUUGUCCUUCGCCUUGCCAAACAUCAAAGUAAAAGCAGUUAAGAAGAUGUGUGAAGCGGCGCUUGCGGCGGAAUCAAUUUCUUUGCGAAAGAUUGCGUCUAUCAUGGGCAACUUUACCUGGGAUCCAGCGAUUCCAUACGCUCAGGCGCAUUACCGUAGAUUGCAAUGGUUCUACAUCAAACAAGCGCAAUCGGCCAAUUUCAAUUUAAAGACUAGAUGCUCACUUUCAAAUGCUUAG